UUUUCAAUCGUUAUUAAACACAUCACGGAAAUCAGAAUGGAUCACAUUCCUCGUCUAUCUGAGGUCCUAUACGUGGGUCUGUGUCGUAAGAUAGGGACAACGACAGAAGUGGCCAUCAGGAGGGACGUGAUGGACAUGAAGGAGAUGAUCAACACACCUGUACAAAUGUAUAUUGGAUGUAGAUAUAUAGAUACUGGUAGUUUUAGGGAGGGUUUUAGGUUUCACUCCUCUGAUCAGGAUAUAAUGUAUUGGAGUGUUAACCAUAAAAUUAUAAAUAAUAUUUCUCAGUUCACCAUUUACGAUGCAUCAAAACAUACCAUUAUUCUAAUGGAGGACACAGAUACACCGCCUGGAUUUGUCCGAUUACGACUUCUUACGCAGCCAAGGGACUACUUUAUCAAUUCAGCAGUUGUUUCCUUGAACGGUAUACAUUAUCUUUCAAAUUUGUUAUGGAAAGAAAAGUGGUUGCAAAAGAUUAAAGAAAUGAAAGCAAUUAAAAAUGUGGAAGGUCAUGGUCCUUGUUUAACUGGUUAUGUCGGCGAUAUUGAAAAUGAUUAUGCUUUAUGUUUUAUCAGUAAACAUUGGACAAAAAUAACAAGUAAUUGGAUUGAACGAUCUCAUGAAUACACCUGGCCUCCUGAAUAUGUGUUAACUGAAAUUCUGAAGAGCGGUUUUCAUUGUGUUGCUAUCGGAAAUGAUAUUUUAUCUCCUUCCUAUGAAUUAGAGUGGAGAUUAUCGUUUUCUCGAGCCGAACAAAAAUUAGUUUGUACCAUGAACCACGCCCAAUUCUUAUGUUACGGACUUCUGAAAAUAUUUCUGAAGGAAGUAAUCAAUCAUAGUAUCCGCGAACCAUUACUUUGUUCAUAUCACAUAAAAACUACAAUGUUCUGGAUUAUACCGUUGGAAACUAUUCAAUGGUACCCAAACAAUUUACUGAACUGUUUCUGGAAAUGUUUCAAAUAUCUCAUUCAUUGUGUUUACCGUGGCGAGUUUCCCAAUUUUUUCAUUCCACAAAAUAACAUGUUUUCAAACAAAGUAAUUGGAUCUAACCGUAUUUGUUUACUAGAACAACUUAAUCAAUAUUACAGAAUGGGUGUGUCUUGUCUUCUUCUUAGUCCAACUCUCAGAUCAAUCCUCGAACCAGCCUUAAGGACCUCGUCGUUUUCGGAUCAUUUUGUUGAGGGUCAUGUCAAAUCUGUCGAGGAAAUAGAUACUCUUGCCAGAUUUGAAUUAUUCUCUCUUUCGUUUUCAAAUAGCUCUUAUCAACAAAUUGUUACACAAUUGAAAUCGGUUGAAAGAUUAUUACAAUUUUCAUUUUCACCAUACCAAACACUAACCUUACAAUACUGUACAGCUCAAACUCUUAUUGACAUGGUGUUCAUUGCGGCACAGAGUUCUUCCUGUAGCACUAAUAAAGAAAGGUCUGGAUUAGAAAGAACAUUUUGUAAAAUACUGAAACUGGCAGGAAAGAUAGGUUUUGUUUCUGAUUUACUGUAUUUAGCUUUGUAUUACUAUAGAAUUGGUAGAUAUCAUGGAACUGUUAAGUUAAUUCCUGUUAUCAGAAAAAGACUUUCACAGCCUUUCAUCAUGUAUGAAAUUCUAGAUGUUGAGGGAUAUAAGGCUGUAUGUAGUCUGUCUCUGUCUCAACGGAUGAAAAUAGUAUGGGCAAGGAACCUUACAUUUAAUGUGAGUGUUUUAUAUAUUGAAGAAUUCUUAUUAGAACAACAGGAAGCCGAGAAAAAUGGAAGGCCAUCUCUCUAUAUAUCCCCAUUUCUUACACUAGAAUGGUUGUCCGUGUUAUCUUACUACAGACUAGGGAAUCAGUCUCUAUAUCAACAGUCUCUGUCAGACUUAAAAACUCUGCUGUUAUAUGAUGAUGGGACAUAUAUGCCUACAAAGACUAAAGAUCUAUCCUGGCAGAUACUUGGGAUUUGUCAGCACGUUUUAGGGGACUUGCACGGUGCUUUACAUUCUUAUCGUGAGUCACUGAAACAGGAGCCAUGCCACAAAAUACAGAAAGCUACAGAAACUAGAAUAAGUUAUGUUGAAAGGCAACUUCAAUAAACAUUCUAUGUCCCCACGUGCUGGUGAUUCGAAAUAAUGGAAGACAAUUUAGAAAAAUUAAAAACUUGGGUAUAUGAAACAUGAAACCAAAAUUAUUUUGAUUGUUAAGUAAAUAUACAGAAUAUCCAGAGUAUUUGUUUAUUUAAUACUUAUAUCUAAGUAAGGAUAUCUCUGAACUCUAAGUUAUGUAAUUGAUUAAGCCAGUUAAAUGCCAUAAUCAUCAACUGGAAUAGUACUUUGAUUUGUAUCGCUUUUUGAUCUUUGUGACAUUGUUGUGUGUGGAUCAAUAAAUCUUAAAAUAAAAA